GUCAAAUCUAUGUGAGGGAGCUGAAACAUUCAAGCGGUUAGCAUCCCCUCCCUGCCCAUUCCCUGUGCUGGGAUGGUCUUUUCUCGAGCGCUCAUAAUCUAAUCUAUUUCAAUCAUUUGUGGACCGUGAUAAAAGAUAGACAUUUAUCAGAUUAUUCGUGGAGAAUUUUUUUCCCCGGCGCAAUAGACAAGGAUACAUAAAUUCAUUGUGACUGUUUAAGAAUUACGGCUAUUUUUCUCUUUGUUCCGUAGUGUGAACAGUGUUGAGCUUUUUCGGUUGUUUUAUUUGGCGUCCGUGCAGUUUGUCCCCAAUUAAAUUACGCCCGGACUCAGUGAGUGUGCCGUAAGAACCGUGGACUGGGUGAACGUGGUGAAUGCCGCAGAAAACUCAAAGAAUAGAGCAACUUUCCGCCACUUGAUUUGAACGUUUCUAACGUGCUUCUUGCAUUGGCUGGAUUCUUUCGUUGUUGACUGUUCGAGACUCAACUUUGCUCCGUAUCCGGAUGGAGGAAGUGAGAAUUGAAAUUAUGAUAAAAUAUUUGCUGUAGUGAAAUAGGAUCGAGCCAUCGCGAACUGGGAGCGAGUGAUUGUACACCGAAGCUGCCGGGGAGAGGUCACCCACUUUCGAUCGCUGUUUUUCGUCCCAGCGUAGGGAAAGCUUUUUUUUGAGUGGUUGAAUCGAGGUAACAGCAUUCAGUAGUACAAAAAAGAGUAAGCUGCUCUAAAAUAAUUACAUUCACAAAAAAUCAACCCCCGCGCAGUGGUACUGAGGACUCUGAAGCCAGCGAAUCGGAAACGAAAAAACGUAAAACGGAAGCAGUCGAAAUGUUCGUCUUUAGAAAGAGUCCCGUCGCAUCGUCGAUUCUCGCAUUGAGCCUGACGCUGCUAUCAAUAGGGCUGCUGGAUUCGGUUCCACCGGUGGAUGCCGGUGACGUUCCGGGUCGGAGUCACAAAGCCAUGCGGGUGCACGGGCACGGAAGGUUCAAGGAUGAAGUGACAACCACCGCUGCUAAUGUGGACCCAGCAGUGAACGAAGACGACGAUCAUAAUGAGGCGGAAGAUGAUAUUGGCGAUAAUGAGGAAAAUGGGGUCACAGCUGGUGCAUCCGAACAGACCGAUAUAACGACACCGGGCAGCAUUAAUUAUGUAGCGACUACGCCGAAAAUAGUGAAAUCAACUAAGGUGCUGAGCAGAUACGAACAAGGUCUGGAGGACUACGAGGAAGCAGCGGAUCGGAUCGACCGGGAGAAGACACAGCCCAGCAGCGUGCAACAAUACAACAUCGGCAUGGCGAAGCCGAUCCUAGCAUUGUUCAACGUGAUAAGCAGUGCUUUAUCGUCUGGAAGAGCAUUGCGAGUGGCAGGACCAGAUCCGACCCUAUUCUUUGGUUCGAGCUGGCGGAAGGGUGACGAUGGCGCCAGAACCAGCAACAGUUUCACUAUUAGCAGUAAAGAUAAGCACAUCAACAGUGAAAAAUCAACAAGCGAUGAGGACAACGCAGAUAAUCAAAGUGGAAAUUCGACCGCCGUAGCAGCUGUUGAGGGCAGAUUCAUCAAGGGGGAUCCACUGAAUGGAUACUACGAUUUUGUUAUCUCCGAGGGAUCGUACAAAUUUUGGGCAGUUUUUCAGGUGGCAACAGCUGUGCUCAUCAUCUAUUCCACUUUUGCCGCAAUCUAUUAUUCCAAAGUAAGCCCACUGACUUCGGAUUACGACUAUAUUGACUAUCUGGGUGGCGGCAGGACCUUCGCGGGAGGAAGAUCGAUGGAUGGCAGCGGACGACAGCUGAGCAACACGUGGGAUGGGCUACUCAAUAAGCCCUGGUUCAAUGUGGCCACUCAGUCCUUCGCCUUCGUGAUGGAUGCAAUCGAGAGAGUACCCAAGUAGUGCUGCCGUUUCUCUAGCCGGAUCGGUUAUGGGACGGAUUGGAUGACACUCGGCUGUCGUUCGACACAUUUUUAUGGAACAUUUGACACAAGUGGUGCCCAGAAGGGAGCAGUAAAAUUGAUUUCGAAUGUUUCAUCAGAAUGAAGUCGUACUUAUUUAUCGUUAUGGUAGGGAAUAAAUCGAAAUUAGGUAUAUCUGUCGAAAAUACUAUUUCAAAUUGCUUUA